AUGAAACAACAAAUAACAAAAAUCAAUAAACAACGAAAGUUAAGAGGGAAAUCAACGAAAGCUCACCACAAUACAAAGAAACAUACAAAAACUGUUCCACUAAUUUCCACUCUUGUUGAUACGCGACAGCGGGUUCUAUUGGCUCAAGCUCAUCCAUGCAAACACAAAUACAGUUCCCAAAGUGCUUCACCCCUAAGUCCCACUGCAUCCUCAAUGUUAUGGAAUACAUCAGUUAACAAAAAAAAACAAUAA